AUGACCACCACCAACGAAAAAAUCAAGUCAAUGUAUGAUGCUGCUCAUAAGGAUGCUAUGAACAAGACUUUGAAACCAGGAGAUAUGGAUAAAAGGCUGUUCCUUUCUGCUUUAUUUGACUGCCCCAUAUCAUCAGAAAUAAUGAAACAAUAUUUAGUACCUAUUGCACGAUUACCAGAAAACAUCAUCAGCUGCAUAAAAUCAAUGGAAAAGGCUAUGGAUAAUAACACCAUUAUGAACGUAGAAGGAGUUCAACUUAACAGUGUUGAAGAACUAGCUCUUCAUCAUAUAACCUUGAAUAUCUACUUGAAUCAUUCCAUAAAUUCAAGUGAAUGGAAAUCAGGUGAAAAUGAUUUUAUUGCUAGAUCAGUAAGUUGUUUAUUUUACUCUUUAUGGUCUCCUCACGAUAAAGUAAUAGUUUCAUGGGACCUCACGACGUGGAUAAAUAAGCAAAAAAUGCCUGAUACAGUUUCAUCGAGACCAGAUAUGGUGUUUUCUACCAAGUUAUUUGAAAUAGGAAACGGGGAAGUCAAACCCCCCAAUACAUCUAAAGCGUCUAUUGACCUUGCUCGUACCAGAGUACUUGAGACUUGUAAGAGACAGUUACAUUUGAGAUUGAGGAAUGCGAACUCAUUGAGAGAAGCUGUAACUUUUGGUGUACUUAUAUACGGUCUAUCUUACGAAAUUUAUAUGGUUACUUUUAAUGAUGGAUAUUAUCCUUAUGCGCGAAUCUCUGUGGGACUGAUGUCUACAUCCUAUACCACAUACAAAUGCACAGAGAAAAUGCUAAUGGAUUUGAUUCAAUUAAAGAAAUCGAUGAACCUGUCUUUGCAAAUGGAUGAUAACACAAAUACCAAUGAGGAAUUCGCUAUGGUUGGUAAAAAACAACUUUUACCUACUGUAUCAUAUAGCAUGAUUUUAAACACUCGACGUUAG